AUGAUUAAUUCUGGUGAAGAAUUCUUGCCAAAAAAAAAAGCCCGCCACAACACUCAGUAUUUCGAGGUUGUCCUAAAAAUGCUGUCAAGAUGCAAGCCGGUGUUAAGAAAUAGGUUACGCUCAAUCAGGUUUAUACAUUCAGAUGUUGGAUUCGCUUUCGACAUCGAUGGUGUUUUGUUAAGAAGUAAAACGCCUAUUCCAGGUGCCUCGGAAGCCCUGAAACUAUUACAACACCAUAAAGUUCCUUUUAUUUUACUUACAAAUGGUGGAGGUACAUUGGAGAACCAAAGAACGGAAUUUAUUUCGAAGGCGCUGGACGUUCCAAUUUCUCCACUGCAAAUUGUCCAAAGUCAUACUCCUUUCAAGACACUCGUUCCGAAAUAUAGCAAGAUUCUUGCUGUAGGAUCUCCCACGGUCAAGGAUGUUGCGAAGACAUACGGUUUCAAAGAAGUGAUACAUCCUAUGGACAUUUUAAGAUACAACAGGAGCAUUGCGCCAUUUUCUGGAACGACAGAUGAGCGGCUGCUUGAGCUUUCUGAGGAAAUUCCAAAUUUGGAUAAAACUCCAAUUGACGCAGUACUAGUAUUCAACGAUCCACGAGACUGGGGUGCAGAUAUACAAAUUAUAAGCGAUGUUUUGAACUGCCAAGAUGGGUAUUUGAAUACACUAAGGAAAGAGAAUCAAAGUAAACCUUCGAUCCCGAUUUAUUUUUCUAACAAUGAUUUGUUAUGGGCAAAUCAGUACACACUUAAUCGAUUCGGGCAAGGUGCAUUUCGCAUAAUUAUUGAAACAAUGUAUGCAAGCUUAAAUGAUGGAAAACCGCUCGAAAAUGUGGUCAUCGGAAAACCUACGAAAGUUACAUACGAUUUUGCCCAUCAUAUUUUGAUAGACUGGAGACAAAAGCUGUUGGAUGGUAAGACCAAUGUUACCGACCAGUUACUCCCUUCUUUGGGCGAGGAGCCCACGAGCUCUCCGUUUAAAGAAGUUUUCAUGGUUGGGGAUAACCCUGCGAGUGACAUCAUUGGAGCACAUCGCUACGGCUGGAGUAGUUGUCUAGUUAAGACGGGUGUCUACCGGGACGGUGAUCGUUUGCCUUGCGUACCUACCAUGAUCACCAAUAACGUACUCGAGGCAGUGCGUCAAGCGCUAAAGGUUUGA